AAUCUGUUAAACCUCUUGACGCGUAGGCAUAAAAGCGCGUGUAGUAUGCCUCAUAGACGAGUAUUAUCAUCAUUUUAAAGAUAUGCAUUUUAAACUUGUUUUGGCUUCUGUUGGUCUCCUGUGUGUAGGUGUUACCUCAGGUUUUACCAAAAACACCUGCUUCCAAUGCCAUGGUUCGUCCGAUAUGUUCCCUCAACACAUUGAUAACUGUCGUAAGUUUAUUAAUAUUACCGAAACUUCCAGUUGUUCGCCACCUGGGUAUUGCAUAUUUCGUGUUUCAACUCGUAUGGAGUACAAGAAGGAGAUUUUUGGUGUGUAUAGAUCCUGUUCGUCGUCUAAUUGCGAUUCCUUAAGGAAAAUGAAAGGCGUCAACACCUUACACUGCUCGCAGUGCGAAGGUAACUACUGCAAUACUGACAGCUAUUGAUCAAUAAGACCAAUCCUUUACAACGAUUGUGAACAUUUUUUUGCGUACUACUAGGAUUAAUUAUGUUAUUGUUCUUUAAUAUUUUUGUUCGUUUUUUUUUAAAUUAUCCUCUAAACCACAAAAUGUAAUAAUUAUGUUGUACCUAAUAUACGUAUUUACAGCAACAA